CGAUCCCAAUACGAAGUUCGCGAACAUCAGGGAUAUCCAUCGGGCUCAAAUCGAAGCGGGUGAAAAGGAGGUUAUCACGGCUGAAUCCAGCGACUCUGAAUGCCCUAGUGAGGCUGGCAGCUGUAUUGUAAACUUCCUCGCCCACCACCACGAGAUCAACCAAGAGUUGGGACUGGCGACCGAAUUCGUCUACAUGGGCGACGCGGGCGAGUGGCAGAAGCCUUUCCCUGCUUACGGACAGGGUAACCUGCAGAAGAUGAAGGAUAUCAGAGCUCAGUACGACCCUAACAUGGUGUUUAGCAAGCUCAACUGGGGUGGUUUCAAGCUUGGACAUUAA